AUGGCAACGCAGCAAGACUUGAAGCCGACUGUAUCCGACGAAGAUCUGCAGAAAUGCUACGAAGCUUUCACUCGACGUAGACUAAUCCGCGGAGAGCGAAGUAUCCGAACCUCUGAAGGAUUCCAGAGACUACACAAGAGAUACCAACGCACGAGCAGCGUAGUAGCAGAAACUGGCCCAGCAAUUUUUACGGACGGUGUAGACGGCGAUUCUGGGUGUCUACGCAACGUUUUGAACGUAUUUUUCAAUCCGAAGGUUUUGCGAGUGAUUACCGAAACUUGCUGGCGUUUGGCACAUUUCGGUGGUGGCCUUGAACUUGAUGCGGAGAAAUACUCGACUUUCUCUUUGCGACUGAUCCAGUGGGUUAUUCCAGAGUUACCACGUCGACAGGUUCAAGAUCUUGUACAAUAUGAUUGGGAACUUGACCGCAAAUUUGAUGAGCUUGGGCGUGAUGGUUUGAGUUUACGAGGCUUUGAGCUUUCACUCCUUGAUCUCCUGGUUUCGUGCACGGAUGGUACUGUGGCCAAGUGCCUCGAGUUUCUGAAUCUGAUGGCGCGAUGGCUACAACAUUCACUACCCCCAUAUAUUAUACACGACACUGCGGGACAAGUUGAUCAAGACGAUGUGGCUAAUAAUUACUCCAAUCAACUUCCCAAAGCUGUUCCAAUGAAGAUUGUGUGGAACAUAGUUCCCUUUUCCAUGAUGGCUCCAUGUCAAAUCGGCCCUCAAGGUUUGUACUGCGAGUUGAAAACCAAAGUUUGUUCAUCACCUAUAGUCGUCAUGCUCCUGGCUGCCGAUGAAAAGCCUCUCGAGAUGGUGCUCGCUACGAACCCCAAGCUCCUUCUCAAAAGAACUGAAAGUCAUAAGGUUAUCAACAACAAGAUUGCUGGUUGUUGGACAUUUCAUAUGAACUCAAAGACGUCAAUACUCUUGGUUCCAGGAUCUACAGUCAAUCACCUGUCCAAAGCGCUCUACGCUUGCUUUCGUACAUGCGAUUCUGCCAAACCCAUCUUGGAAUCUCGAAUGGUGGGAGGUGAAUGUGACAGCAACAAUCAACAAAUUGUUGUCAACGAAGAGCAGUCUGAAGCUCAAAACGCAGCUUUGACCUCAGCUUCCACUGGUUUAACUCUAUGUACGAGUGUUCCAGAGCAAAGUUCUCUUCGCAUUGGGAGCAAGAAUGUCUUCUACCGAAUGGAAAGUAUGAGCCCGCGCAUUUUCACAUUGGAGCACAGUACGCAGCUUGGCGAGGAGAUUACGAUAGUAUUGACAGCGUCGCUUCUUCAGAGUAACAAUUCUGUGCCGACAACUUCAGGAAUUGAGACAAACUCAACAUUUAGGGUCAGCGAUAGCUACCCCCAAGAUGGUGAAGUCACCCAGGACGAUGCGCAUACGUUGAUCUUCAUUAUCAAAAGCACCUUACAACGAAAAAAUGGAUCAAAGCAGGACCAAGCCAUACUACCACGACAGUGGUUCACGUGUUUGAAUACUGCCAAAGAAACUAAAACUAUUCUCUUUGAAUCUCCAGAAAUGAAAAAUGGAGAAAAAGUGACGGAAACUCAGUGCAGAGAGAUUUAUCAGCUCUUUAUCUUUACGCUUCACGGGGUAAACAUUGAAGUCGCUUGCAACGCAAAGAUACCAGCACAAACACGAGAGGAAUCCGAUCCAGACACACCCGAAUCUGAGGCAGAUAAUCCAAAUAAGUUCUCGGAGGUGACCAGUUCUAGGCUGUUGAAGGAUCUUUUACAGCUCCAGAAGAUACGGCAGCUCGAUAAAACGUCAGAACCUCUGCCAGAUAUGGUAGUUGGUACGCCAGUGAGUACCACCAAGCCCGUCUCAACCACAGAAUCUCUUCGCAGCAAGAUUCUUCGUUCGCGCCAAGAAGCGAGAUAUUCUCGCUAUCUGGAACUACAAGCUGAAAUUCAGAGCAAAAUUCUUGAAAGGAAGACAAGCAGGAAAACUACUACUCAAGAAUCUGACCACUCUGAUGAGAGCGUACAAAUUCCACUAUCACCAGACUCAGAGCUCGAAAAGCGCGUGAAUCAGCUUGCAGCUUUCUUCCACGAGAUGGCAGUGCACCAGCCCAGAGAUGACGAGUUAAUUGGUGGUGCUACUGAAGCGGCUGAAGCAGUGGCAGAAGAGCAAUUGCUCAAGAGAUUUAGCGAGAUGUUCGACUACGACUCAGAUUUACAGAACGCUUUAGACGAGGAGAAGUGGAGCACUGACUCUGUCAAAAUCGCUCGUCGUCGAGAUUCUAUCUACACAAACCUGCCAAAGACGAUGCCGACAACUCGAGCUGAUAUCCCUGAUAAAUGCUCAAGGACCUAUGAAGACUAUGAGAACACUGCACAGUACAUUGAACAGCUCAUGGAGGACGUAACGAACCACACGGCGCAGCAGCAAGAGCAACAAAACCUCGAAGAGGAAGAGCGAAAGCGAGCAGUUGUGACGCAGCUAGUAGAUUCGUGGCAAUACACACAGCAUCGAGUGUAUAAGGCAGAGACACGGAAACGAAUCGACGAGAUGGAGAAGAAGCGACGUAGUCAAUGGCUGCAGUCCGAGUACAUUCAAGCAAAACGUGGUGAUAAACCGGAACGUCCAGUGCUGAUCUUACCAAAGCAACGAUUCCUCGUUCAAGAGCAUUCAAUCCCUUCAAAUGCGAUUUGGGAGGUACCAGGAGCUUCAAAUAACCCGGCUAAAGUUAUAUUGCCAUCAGGACCAGCAGUAGAUCUCGUUAGUCCCAUGAGACCCACGUCACCGCAUACCGAAAAGGUUUUCAAGCCCCAACGCCCUCUAGUUCGACCUGCAACAGUAGCAACUUCAGAACGUUCCAGUAACAUCACAGCCUUGCGCUCUGCAGCAAUUUCUCGUGCUCGAGUACGACGCAUAAGAAGUGCCCACUCAACCGCUCGAGGUGAGUCAACUCCGAGUAGAAUCCAAGUGAUCUCUCCUAGAAAUCUCGAUCAACCGAUGUCACCACAGCAAGAGAUCCCGGACUAUUCAUUGUCGACUUUGAACGACGAAGAAAGUCCGAAUAGUUUAGCACCGACAAAAUCUCUUACUAGUCCACGGUUUGUCGAUGAUCCAGUGCAUCUCGAAGCCCCGUCAUUGACUUCCCCGACUGAACAGGGUUGUUUUGUGGAUGCCGAUACGAAAGUCACGUUAACGGAGAAGAGCCCUGUGAAAUUUGAAAGGAGACGGAAAAGGAAGAAGCGUUCUAAAAUUCCAACGGAUAUCCACUUUCGACGUCGAGUUCUGGAGUUGGUAUCAAUUUCAGCGCAACUGCAAGCUCUCGACGGCGAGGAAUGGAAAGAGGCUCAAGGUAUUGCAAACGUCGAUGAAUUGAGCAACAUGCCAUGUCUUCCACCUAAAUGAACACACAACUAUUCUUUCAUUGCUGUGGUAAAGCAUAGAAUCCAAGUG